AUGGCUAUUCAGAAGUGGCUACUCUUUCUUUUUUUUGCAUAUAUAUCUUCAUGGUCUCAUCCUAGCGCAGCUGAUUUCCCAUACACUUUAUGUGGUAAUAAUAAUAACUACACCGAAAAUAGUACAUACCACAAUAAUCUUAACAAACUCCUCUCUUCCCUUUCCUCAAAUAUGGAUAAAUAUGGUUUCUAUAAUGCUUCCAUUGGUCAAAACACCGACAUGGUCAGUGCUAUUGUGCUUUGUAGAGGAGAUGUGGAGCUGCUAGAAGCAUGUCGCACUUGUGUCAGUAAUGUUGUUCAAAACCUUACACAGUUAUGUCCUAACCAAAAAGAAGCUUCUGGUGGCUCUGAUGAUGGGAAUGCCUCAAAACCCGAGGAAUUUAACCUGGAGUUGAGAAAAUUAUUGGAAAAUUUACGAGACCAUGCUGCAAAUGGUGGUCCGUUUCGAAAAUAUGCUAGUGGUAAUGCGACAUGUCCAAAUUUUCAGACUAUAUAUGCGCUAGUGCAGUGCACUCCUGAUUUAUCUCCUCAGAAUUGCUUUGAUUGUUUAACUGACGCUUAUGGAGAUAUGCCUAAUUGUCCUUGCAAUGGCAAGAGGGGUGGCAGAAUCAUAGGGACUAGGUGCAAUUUUCGUUAUGAAAGUGCCCGUUUCUUCAAGGAGGUGGCGUUGGAAGCUCCGCCACCUGCAGGGAAUGAUGAUAAAACAGUUCCAAUAGGGAAGGAUGAUGGAACAGCUCCAACAGGGAAAGAUAAUAAAACAGCGCGAACCGUUAUCAUCAUCGUUGUGCCAACUGUUACAUUUGUUAUUCUUAUUGUUUGUAUUUAUGUCAUCUUUUUGAAGAUGCGAAAGAGGAAGCUGGUGGACGGAAUUCAGAGUAUACGCGGGGAUGAUAUUAGCACCGCAGAAUCCUUGCAAUAUGAUUUUUCUACAAUUAGAGCAGCAACAGAUAACUUCUCAAAUGCUAAUAAGUUGGGACAAGGCGGAUUUGGUCCUGUGUACAAGGGUAAGCUUCCAAAUGGAGAAGAAGUAGCAGUAAAAAGAUUGUCAGCAGACUCAGGCCAAGGUGAUCUAGAAUUCAAAAAUGAGGUCUUGUUGGUUUCUAGGCUUCAACACAGGAAUUUGGUUAGGUUGCUGGGAUUUUGGCUAGAUGGAACAGAGAGACUUCUUGUCUAUGAAUUUGUUCCUAAUGCAAGUCUUGACCAGUUUUUAUUUGAUCCAGUUAAACGUAGGCAAUUGGAUUGGGAAAGACGAUCCAAAAUCGUAGGAGGCAUUGCUAGGGGAAUUCUUUAUCUUCAUGAGGAUUCUCGACUACGGAUCAUUCAUCGUGAUCUCAAAGCUAGUAAUGUUCUACUAGAUGCAGAAAUGAAUCCUAAAAUCUCAGAUUUUGGCAUGGCAAGGCUAUUUACAGUGGAUGAAACUCAAGGCAACACAAGCAGAAUUGCUGGGACCUAUGGAUAUAUGGCACCAGAAUAUGCAAUGCACGGACAAUUUUCAGUCAAAUCAGAUGUUUUUAGCUUUGGAGUACUAGUCCUAGAAAUUUUAAGUGGCCAAAGAAACACUAGUUUCAGAAAUGGAGAAUCUGUGGAAGACCUUCUGAGCUAUGCAUGGUCGAACUGGCGCGAAGGAACAACUACAAAUUUGAUAGACCCCAUGUUGAGGGGAAGCACGGGACUGGUUCGUGACAUAAUGAGAUGCAUCCACAUUGCUUUAUUGUGCGUUCAAGAAAAUGUUGCUGAUAGACCAACUAUGGCUGCAGUAGUUCUCAUGCUCAGUAGCGCCUCUUUGAGUCUUCCCAUGCCUUCAGGGCCUGCAUAUUAUAUGCACACCGACAUUAGCCCAGAGAUUUCGCUUAUUCAAGAAUACAAUUCAAGAAUGUCAGAAUCUAGAAAACUAGCCAAAAGUAAAUCUAUUUCUUCAGCACGAAAUGAGGCGUCAUUGACUGAGUUACGUUUGACCAAAAAGAGUUAA